AUGACAGCAUGUUAGGCAGAUGGUUAGACAGAUUGCUUGAAAAGGAAGAGAGGGUAAGACCGAUCAGUUACAUUAUUAGAAACAUAGGGAAACAAGUUGUAUACAUUUGCAUUAAAAAAAAUGUUCAUUGACCAAAGAAUGGCCGCAAAAGCCUGAAAUCGACGUAAUCAAAAGAAGAACGAGAAAGCGUUUAUACGUUGGAACCACGGGAAAAGUCGAGCUAACCUCCGCUUACUUUUUAACCCGGUUUUCUAAACACCUCUUUGCAAAUUAUUAACGAACAUAAGUACAUACGUUAACUCAGGGCACGCUUAGGACCCUUUUUGCAAGUUCCUUUUUUCAAACAUUUUUUUUUUUCUGCCUUGCCAGUGUACGUCAAUUACCCAACUACACCACAGUAUAUUCUUUUUAAACAAGCUUCAUUAACUAGAAAAGUCAUGUUGUUUGACAAGAAGCCUCUGUGUGCUUACGUUUUAGACUUGGACGAAUGUACCACUGGUUCCCAUUCCUGUGACGUCAAUUCCGUUUGCCAGAAUACCGUGGGUUCAUACGCAUGCUCGUGUAAUGCUGGGUACACAGGAGAUGGAAAACCCUGCAAUGGUAUUUAAGAUAAACUGUCGAUCUUUCAUGUGCGACCACCUCUCCUAAGCGACCCAUAAGUCGACAUGGAGCUACACAUAUCGUAACUUUGAAAUUGCACACAAUAAAUUGUUUUUCAAAGAGACGACCUCCUCUAAUCUAAAGGUUCUUAAACAAGACGACGAAACCAUUGAAGGCGCAAUGUUUGUGUGCAAAAGCUCAACACUGUCAUGUCAUUUUGGAAAAAAGCCUAAAACCAUAUUUGUUAAAACAUAAAAACAAAAAACAAACAAGAACAAAAAAAAUGGAUACAUUCACCGUAGGGACCAGAUGUAAACCAUCAGGUAGAUAUAAUAUUUGUUAUUCUAACGCUUUGCGUAACUUACAAUUCUCCUGCAGAUAUCGACGAGUGUUCUACCAAUUUUCACAGCUGUGACGCUAAUGCGGUUUGCAGCAAUACUGUUGGAUCGUACGCAUGCGCAUGUAAAGCAGGAUUCACAGGCGAUGGAAAAACAUGCUCUGGUAAGCUGUUGCGGUGUUGUAAAAAACGUUUCCAAAACGAUGUGUGUGCCUGUAUUUUUUGUAUUCGAUCUUUACAUUUAAACAUGUAGAAAACGAUGGGCAUAUAACCUCAAUGGUUCGAAAUAACAAUUACAGUAAAACUAGAAAUACGUAUCUCGCAAAAUUUCACUAAACUCGAUCUUGCACAAUUGUCAAGCCCAGCCGGUUAGAAACUGAUUGGGUGAUCAGGCUCUAAUCUGUCGUUAGACCUGGGACUACUUUCUCUCCUGUCUUCUUUUUUGUUUCUUUAUUCUAUUUGAUUUUUAAAUGCGUAUUUUAAAGCAUAUUCACCAUUAUUUCGGCUUAACCUCAAAUCAAAGAUAUAUUUUGGGGACGUUCAAGGUUUUUUCCUUAAGACCCAAACUGAAACGCACGUCCGACAAACAUAUCUUAACGAAAUUGAUCUAUAGUAUGCCAACCGAGCAAUCAGGGUAUUUUGCUGUUAUAUUUAAUAAAAAUUCGUAUUGAAUCGUUAUACAUUUCAGAAAGGAAAUUUACUCCCUCGAAUACUCCCUCUUACUAUAGCUGUCCUUAUAUAGAGCUAAGAGGAAGUCUCACGUAUAAGCUAUCGUGAGACGUCCUCGCCCUUUGAGAUUCUUUCCUUUCGAAUUGUGUUUAUUACGUGUAAUUUAAUGUUUCCCCCUCCGUUUAUAUGUAAAACAGGCAAAAAAAAUCCGAUUACCUAUAGUAUAUGGUUAAGCUGGGUUAUCGGAUACAGAAAAUGAGUGUAAAUGACCUUAUUGAUGUUGAUUUUGCUGGAUCACUAAACAAGAAGGCUUCCUCACUUUUUUUCGCCAGAUAUCGACGAGUGCUCUACCAACUCUCACAGCUGUGACGUUAAUGCGGUGUGUAGUAAUACUGUUGGAUCUUACGCAUGCGCAUGUACAGCAGGAUUCACAGGGGAUGGAUUCACAUGCACUGGUGAGCCAUUUGAGUUUAAUUUCGUUUGUAUGAUGUUUGUUUUUUGAGUGAACAACAACGACAGCAAUGCAAAAGUCUUUUGUGCUCUUCUCGCUUUUUACAGUUAAAGUUUUGGUUUGGCAGGAGUUUAAAUUAAUUUUAAUAUUGACUGUAUGUAGUAAGCAAAUAGAAAAGCGGAGCCAAGCAGCCAGUUCAUAUUAUCGGAUACGUGGAACGAUGGUGAUUGUUCAAACCUGCGAUCAUUUUUUUAGGCCUAAUAAUAUACACGAAAAAAACUACUCAAUUCCUAUUGGCUGAGAAAGGAGUGCAUUUCUUCUGUUACACGAGUGCAAAUUUGUAACACAAGUGCACAUUACAAAUGGUUUCUGAUUGGUUGAAAACAAAAAAGAAACCAGCAAGAACCAAUCAGAUUAGAGCUGUUUUAACAACAAAAUUUAAGAAAACGGCCAUGGUGUUUAGCAAACGACGAUAUGAUUUCAUGUACGCAAAACAACAACAGAAAAGUUAAAAAAAUUCCAAAAACUCAAACAGUGAAAAGAACGUCUUUCCGGCUAAAUGAGGAACUAAACAAGCUACUUAUAACGGACUAGGCUAAAGUAGAAAAUAAGGAACAAAAACGGUGGCAACCACACUCAAGCCAUGACAGCUCCACUUUUUUAGGCAUUUAAAUGAACACGGAUACAAGUUUUCCAUGAUAACAACAAGGACUUCAAGUAACGUCAUUCUUUUGUUGGAGGAGAAAGGGGUCCGGUUGCUCUCUUUAAGUCUUUUGUUGAGCAAAGACCUCUAUUAAAACAUCCAUGCGAUGAUCUGUUUCUUUCGUCCUCGGUAGCAAACAAAACCGAAAAUUUAAAGAUCUUGUUCAAACUAAACCAAUGUGCGAAAAUACCAUAACUAACAUUUUAAUCAAAGUGUCCGUAAGUGGUAGUCCUAGCCUUAAAGAAAGUGAGAAAAAAGUUUACGAAUAAUGGUGUAAGGAAAACAACAGUAAGAAAGCUGAAGAAAGCGAACCUGAUAUAUUGUAACUUCAGAAUUUAUCGCCACUGUCAAAGGCCACAGAGGCGUAAUCAAAAGAAGAACGAGAAAAUGUUCAUACGUUGGAACCACGGGAAAAGUCGCGCUAACCUCCGCUUGCUUUUGAACCCGGUUUUCUAAACACCUCUUUGCAAAUUAUUAACGAACAUAAGUACAUACGUUAACUCAGGGCACGCUUAGGACCCUUUUUGCAAGUUCCUUUUUUCAAACAUUUUUUUUUUUUGCCUUGCCAGUGUACGUCAAUUACCCAACUACACCACAGUAUAUUCUUUUUAAACAAGCUUCAUUAACUAGAACAGCCAUGUUGUUUGACAAGAAGCCUCUGUGUGCUUACUUUUUAGACUUGGACGAAUGUACCACUGGUUCCCAUUCCUGUGACGUCAAUUCCGUUUGCCAAAAUACCGUGGGUUCAUACGCAUGCUCGUGUAAUGCUGGGUACACAGGAGAUGGAAAAUCCUGCAAUGGUAUUUACGAUAAACUGUCGAUCUUUCAUGUGCGACCACCUCUCCUAAGCGACCCAUAAGUCGACAUGGAGCUACACAUAUCGUAACUUUGAAAUUGCACACAAUAAAUUGUUUUUCAAAGAGACGACCUCCUCUAAUCUAAAGGUUCUUAAACAAGACGACGAAACCAUUGAAGGCGCAAUGUUUUUGGGCAAAAGCUCAACACUGUCAUGUCAUUUUGGAAAAAAGCCUAAAACCAUACUUGUUAAAACAUAAAAACAACAAACAAACAAGGACAAAAAAAAUGGAUACAUUCACCGUAGCGACCAGAUGUAAACCAUCAGGUAGAUUAAAUAUUAGUUAUUCUAACGCUUUGCGUAACUUACAAUUCUCGUGCAGAUAUCGACGAGUGUUCUACCAACUUUCACAGCUGUGACGUUAAUGCGGUUUGCAGCAAUACUGUUGGAUCGUACGCAUGCGCAUGUAAAGCAGGAUUCACAGGCAAUGGAAAAACAUGCUCUGGUAAGCUGUUGCGGUGUUGUAAAAAACGUUUCCAAAACGAUUUGUGUGCCUGUAUUUUUUGUAUUCGAUCUUUACAUUUAAACAUGUAGAAAACGAUGGGCAUGUAACCUCAAUGGUUCGAAAUAACAAUUACAGUAAAACUAGAAAUACGUAUCUCGCAAAAUUUCACUAAACUCAGUCUUGCACAAUUGUCAAGCCCAGCCAGUUAGAAAAUGAUUGGGUGAUCAGGCUCUAAUCUGUCGUUAGACCUGGGACUCCUUUCUCUCCUGUCUUCUUUUUUGUUUCAUUAUUCUAUUUGAUUUUUAAAUGCGUAUUUUAAAGCAUAUUCACCAUUAUUUCGGCUUGACCUCAAAUCAAAGAUAGAUUUUGGGGACGUUCAAGGUUUUUUUGCUUAAAACCCAAACUGAAACGCACGUCCGACAAACAUAUCUUAACGAAAUUGAUCUAUAGUAUGCCAACCGAGCAAACAGGGGACUUUGCUGUUAUAUUUCAUAAAAAUUCUUAUUUAAUGGUUAUGCAUUUCAUGAUCAGAAAGGAAAUGUACUCCCUUGAAUACUCCCUCUUACUAUAGCUGUUCUGAUAUAGAGCUAAGAGGAAGUGUCACGUAUAAGCUAUCGUGAGACGUCCUCGCCUUUUGAGAUUCUUUCCUUUCGAAUUGUGUUUAUUACGUGUAAUUUAAUGUUUCCCCCUCCGUUUAUAUGUAAAAAAGGCAAAAAAAUGGGAUUACCUAUAGUACAUAGUUAAGCAGGGUUAACGCAUACAGAAAAUGAGUGUAAAUGACCUUAUUGAUCUUGAUUUUGCUGCAUCACUAAACAAGAAGGCUUCCUCACUUUUUUCGCCAGAUAUUGACGAGUGCUCUACCAACUCUCACAGCUGUGACGUUAAUGCGGUGUGUAGUAACACUGUUGGAUCUUACGCAUGCGCAUGUACAGCAGGAUUCACAGGGGAUGGAUUCACAUGCACUGGUGAGCCGUUUGAGUUUAAUUACAUUUGUAUGAUAUGUUCGCUUUUAGAUUGAACAGCAGCGACAGCAAUGCAAGAGUCUUUUGUGCUCUUCUCGCUUUCUACAGUUAAAGUUUUGGUUUGGCAGGAGUUUAAAUUAAUUUUAAUAUUGACUGUAUGUAGUAAGCAAAUAGAAAAGCGGAGCCAAGCAUCCAGUUUAUAUUAUCGGAUACGUCGAGCGAUGGUGAUUGUUCAAACCUGCGAUCAUUUUUUUAGGCCUAAUAAUAUACACGAAAAAAACUACUCAAUACCUAUUGGCUGAGAAAGGAGUGCAUUUCUUCUGUUACACGAGUGCAAAUUUGUAACACAAGUGCACAUUACAAAUGGUUUCUGAUUGGCUGAAAACAAAAAACAAACCAGCAAGAACCAAUCAGAUUAGAGCUGUUUUAACAACAAAAUUUAAGGAAACGGCCAUGGUGUUUAGCAAACGACGAUUUGAUUUCAUGUACGCAAAACAACAAUAGAAAAGUUAAAAAAAAUUCCAAAAACUCAAACAGUGAAAAGAACGUCUUUCCGGCUAAAUGAGAAACUAAACAAGCUACUUAUAACGGACUAGGCUAAAGUAGAAAGUAAAGAACAAAAACGGUGGCAAACACACGCAAGCCAUGACAGCUCCACUUUUCAGGCAUUUAAAUGAACACGGAUACAAGUUUUCCAUGAUAACAACAAGGACUUCAAGUCACGUCAUUCUUUUGUUGGAGUAGAAAGAGGUCCGGUUGCUCUCUUUAAGUCUUUUGUCGAGCAAAGACCUCUAUGAAAGCAUUCAUGCGAUGGUCUGUUUCUUUCUUCCUCGGUAGCAAACGAAACCGAAAAUUUAAAGAUCUGGUUCAAACUAAACCAAUGUGCGAAAAUACCAUCCGGCUAACAUUUUAAUGAAAGUGUCCCGUAAGUGGUAGUACUAGCCUUAAAGAAAGUGAGAAAAAAGUUUACGAAUCAUGGUGUACGGAAAACAACAGUCAGCAAGCUGAAGAAAGCAAACCUGAUAUAUUGUAACUUCAGAAUAUAUCGCCACUGUCAAAGGCCACAGAGGUAUAAAUUUCCUCAACGACUACUACGAAGCCGACGAAGAAGAGCGACGAUGACUCCCUCUUGCAAUAUCCAAAUGAAUAAUAAAAAUCCCAGCGCUGAGAAAAAACAAAUAUUAUAUUAAUACUGGAGGGAGUUUCCGACAUCACAACAACUGUGGCUCCACUCACCCAUCGGCGAUGGCAGCGUCGAAAGAAAACAAAUGAGGAUGAUAACAAAAUUAGUUUCCACUAAAAACUAAACGAAACAAAACGGUUUAACAACUCAUCAAAAUAGCCAACAAAACUGUUUAAGCCACACUUCGAUGAUCAAUGCUCAUAAUAUGAUAAAGAAAAAGAAGUGAAAAUGUAAUUGGGAGCUGGAGGCACAUUGAUUGGUAGGAGCUGCAGGUAAAUUGUCACGUACCUAAUCGCAUGAAACAAUGAUAUUUCAUUCUUCCAAUUGUUUUAGUAAUAAGUAUUGUUUGCGGUCAGGGAGACGCGCCAUUAAUGACUUCUCUUCCGAGCAGCUGACAAUUGAUCCCACGGCUGCCAUACCUCACAAUAACAUAUCAUAAUGCCUUCAAACUCAACAGUUCUGUAGUACACGAAAAGCCAUACUACCAAAUCCAAAUUAUUCAUUCAUUGCAAUCUUAAGAUCCAAGGACGGCGUCACCUUUUUCCCUUUCGUCGACGAUCGUUGCCAUUAUCUCUACCAUUGAUAGCCUAGCCUUUAUCUAAUAAAUUCCCUGAAGGCGAAUAAUAUUUUUUUUUAAUUAGUUGUAGAAGGAACGUACUAUGCGACAAGUCUCCGAGCCGCGAGACAAAUUAUAAUAAGACGAAAGACUUCUUCGAAAGUUGAAGAUAUUACUUGAGAAUGUAAGCAAUAAAUCUCCGUCGGCGGUCCGGUCCGGAAGGAAAUCAUGAUAUAAUGUGACAGUUCUAUUGUGCUUUAAAAGAGAAAAAACAGAUAACGCUCGAGAGUGCGCAUAAUCGGAGCGCUGUCCCUUUAAGCGAUUGUUUUCCUCACUUGUCUCUAAGUUGUGUUAGGAAUGCCAGUAAACCAGACGACAACAAUCAAUGAAAAUCAAUCAUUGAUUUCAAUCAAUAUAAUCAAUAAAAAUCAACAAAAAUCUAUUGAUUUAUAUUGAUUGGCUUAGCCAAUCAACAAAAACCGAUAAUUACUCACCGAUUAUGCAACAGUAAAAACCCUAGCCUCCCACGCAGACGUUCUUAGGGGUUCGUCACGCGUUCCUGUCCCACUAACGACGUUAGUAGGACAGGGAUGCAUAACGAACCCCUAAUAACGUCUGCGUGGGAGGCUAUUAAAACCCGGGUAGGCAUUAGCUUAAAUGCUGGUUAAUCGUCGGUCGCAAGCACAACAAAGCUGUUACGUUAUGUCUGUGGAAAUUUCUAUUUCUUGUGUAGUCAUGGAGUAUCACACUGUCCUUUUAAAGUAAAUUAAAAAGUUAGGGGAAGUGUUUUCCGUUUCCAAGAAGAGGGGAGAACUGAGGGAAGAACGAGGGGAGAACGGAGGGAACUGAGACCAGCUUGGCCAUCUCCAAGCCGAUCUUGUCACCCCACUUUAUCCACAUCAAGUGGAUAUUUCCGCAUAAGUACAGUAAACGGAGGAGUAAAACAGUCUGUAGAAUAAUUUAAACAAAUCACACUACAGCCAAUAAAAUCGAUGUAAAUCAUGAAAAUCAAUGAAAAUCAAAAAUCACUAAAGACUGCGGCUUCGAUUUUUAUUGAUUUUCAAUAUCUAUCAAUGAAUUGCUAUUGAUUUUUAUGGACUAUUGUUGAUGUUAUUGAUUAUUGAUUUUGAUUGAAAGUUAUCGUCUGGUAGUACAAUGUACAAGCAUUUGCGGUAUUUACCUGAGUCGAGGCCCCUGUGUGUCCUGUCAUGAUUGACUGUUCCUCGAGAUCAGCAAUGACGACAUCAUUUUCGCUAUUCCCCUCUUUAUGUAACACGGUAUCCGACUUCCGUUGUCUGGACUUUGAUGGUGAUGAUGAUGAUGAUGAUGAUAAUAAUAAUGAUAGUGAUAAUGGGAAAUUUUAUAGCGAUCAGACAAGGAAAAAGCCACCUUUAAGGCGAUUGAAAACCUGUAUCGAAACCAGCCUUAAGCCUAGCGACGUUCUUGUAAUGCGUUUUCUGGAGCUCAUUCUCGUUCUACAAACUUCCGCCCACUCAGCGAAUUCAAAAAAGCGAAAAAUGGACAAAUGAAUGAAAGACGAUUACAACAUGGAAGAACAAGAUUGACGGACCAAAUUUGCAUUGAUUUAAUCGACAGCAGAAAUGAAGCUAAACUUGUACAAGAUUUUGACAACUGCCCAGUUGAGGAAAAUUGUCGGAAAAUCGGUAUCAUGGAUUCGGCAGCACAAAAUCUUAAGAGAUAAAUUUGCAUGUUUGGAGAGAACCUGUACGAAUACAUGAUGAACUUCAGGAACAAAUUUAAGGGAGAACAAUGAACUAGCCAAUAACUGACCGGACGCAACGCGCGUGAUAAUCCACUAGGCUAAUCAUGCAAGCCAACUGGAGAGCAGGCCAUUGCGCCUUCUUCAAUAAUGUACGCGAUGCAGGAAUACAUAACAUACAUACAAUACCUUUAUUUAUCCUCAGAUUUACAUGAGUGGAAAUAUAUGAAAUACCUUUUAUUUUGAACUGUGUCCGGUCAUCGCAAAGGUCAGGGUUCGAUCGACAUUCCCAGUCAAGCCUUAAUUUUUUCAGGUUCUUUUUCAACCACUUACAAUAGGCUGUUGUCCUGCCUAGAUUAGCAUUAUAGCUAUUCGCAGCACAUAAAGUAGUGUAAACUAAAUAUUAUUUUCUUUAAUUCAACACAUUUUUGUUGUAGGUUGUUGGUCUCGCUUGCGUAAGCAGCGAGACUAAUAAUCUGCAACGCGUUUUCCCCCCGGGGGGGGGGGGGGGGGUAGUCCCUUAUAUAGGCUAUAUAAGUAAGUGCAGCGCCAAAGGGUAUGUUUUUUUAGCCGUUUUGCUCUGAAAUAGGGUAUGGUUUUUGCACUCUAGUCUUGAAUUGUUUUUUUGUAUGUUUUUUUUUUGAAGAAGCUACUUCAUCGUUUGGCGAUAAGACCAUUUCCCUUUUAAUGUUUACGCAUUCACGCGCGGGGCUCCAGGGCUUCAGAUCUGAAAUAGGGUAUCAAAUUUUUGAUUAGGUCUGAAAUAGGGUAGGGAAAAUCACAGAUUUUGGUAUGAAAUAGGGCUAGGAUUUCAGGAAACGUGCCGCACACCCCCCACCCAAUUUCUCUGAAAAAAUUCCCCCCCCUCCCGGGCUUUUUCAUCGUAUUUCAUACAGCUAUUUCGAGAAAGGUUGUCGGAAAAAAUGUGCACGCGACAAUCCCGAAAGGUAAUAUGGGAUAUCAUCAAUACACUGUUCCUGACGACUGUAGCUGUCGAACAUACUUUUUUUGCUUUCCUUUAGCACUCGCAAACAUAUGUCCGUGGCCUCCCGGCCAUUGUUUCAAAUUUCUUUGAAGAACAGAGCACUCGAAACUACCCACAAUACCUUUCGGGAUUGUCGCGUGUACUUUUUCCGACAACCCGUCUCGAAAUAGCUGUAUACAAAUGGGGGGGUAUUGUGCCAUUGUGCCAAGCAUUCCUUGCAAAGACCAAGGAAACUGGGACUAAGAAUCGUUGCGUGAUCGAAGCCACGCAUGUUUUGCCACAGGCGUCCGAGACUUAGUGUUUGUCAAUAUAUUAAUAUUCACAUGAACAAAUUAAUGCGAUGAGUCGUCGAAACUCCCAUGGACUAAAAUAGUCCAAAAGUCCACAUAUAACAAAACAAAGCUAAGAUACCUUUAACUGAACGUAUCCUUGUCUUUCCUGGCCGGUGAAAGUGGCAUUUUGUUGGGUUUUGCAAUUGUAGGUAGUAUCCACUAAAGAACUUGGCUACAAAACAAACGGACCCUUUCCACGCGCCUUCACGCGAAGCGCUAUAAAUUCGAGAAUAAUCGACGAAUCCUCCAAAUUGCCAUCGGCCUGAUCUGCAGGCAACGUGUGCUCCGGUUUCUUGCUCGCUUGCUCCACAACCUUUUUAAGAAUAGCACGAUUACCAAUCGGUUUUUGUUUAAAGAAUGUUGAAGCAAACACUGGAGGAAUUACUCGUCUCGGAAAACUCGAACUGGUAGCUCGUUCUACCUCAUGAUCAGAGGAAUUUAUUUUUGAAAUUCCAAAAUAAUUUCAAGGCUGAAUUUUGGGAACAACUUUUAGUUACGGACUCCUGCUCCAACGAUUUCUCUGAAAUUUCUCUGCUGUAUUUCGAUAUAUUUGUUAUCUAGCUCAUUAAAAGCCGGUACCAGAAAUUUCAGUAAAAAAUAUUAGCAAUUUUUUUUUUUUUUUUGCGUUGUUCUCUUCGAAUAAUCUUUAUACUCAUAAGUUAUGUGGCUACUAUUACAAUGAAAGCGUUUUAUGAUGAAUCGCUAUAUUAAAAAUUGCUUUCAAACACCAAUACGAUGAGCUAUAACGUUUAUGAUGCGGAUUGCUAAUCGCGCUACCCGGCCGCAUGGCAUGGCCUAGUUUAUUAUAGUGUGCAUUUAGCUGGCAUUUUAGGCAAAACGUUUGCCUCAUCCGAUACUGUGUGCUUUGGUCACCGGCCAGGCGCUAAUUGCCGGUAUUUCUAAGUUUAUAUAGUGCAAGCAGAGAGUUCAGUAAGGUUUGUUUGGUUUGCUAGCGUGAGUACGUGAAAAUACGCGAAGGUAAAUGUUUGUUUCAAAGCAGGACAGGGUUGUUUAUCUUAUUCUUAUCGGCUGCAACAUAUAUCUGAGGAAUACCAGUGAAUAAAAUUAAUAUGAAUUAUGGGGAUAUACAAAAUCGAUAAAAAACGACUCCCUCUUCGCGAACAAUGAAUCUUGAAUUAUGUAAAUUUCCUUGCCUGCAUCUCACUCGCUUCCGAUUGGUUCAAAAACAAUCAGCUACUGUCAAACCUCACACAAGCGCACUAUCGUGACACAGUCCUUUAAGCGCUAAUUUCGCAAAAAAUAUUUACCAACAAUGAAAUAGGAAUAUUUCAUAUUAUUGCUGAAUCAUAUCUGUUGUUCUCUGGAAAGUUUUGAAGCCAUAUCAUGUUAAAAACGAAAAAGGUUAUGACGAAAAGUUCUUCAUAGCUCAAUGCUCCUUUAUUAAUGACGGAGCCACCUUAAUUUAGGUCGACGCCCAAAUUACAAUUUAGUUCUUCUCAUAAAAAUAUCAACGUUUGGCCUUGGCCUCAGUCGUAUUACCACUGUCUAAAACAAUACAAGGAAAAUUCAAUAUUAAGGCCCGUCUUCAAGUACAGACAAUUUUCUGUGACAUUUUUGCUGCCUACAUUUUUUGAUGUGGCUAUUUUAUGGUAAAUUAUUUGCGGUUUCCCAAUCCAAUAGGCCAUGCUUGGGACUCCUUCUAGGUUAGCUUUUAAGGCUAGGAAAGUAUUUACUAGGCAGAGCGUGUUGUUCAUUGGUACUCCUAAACAUAUUUUCCAACAUUAUUUUAGUUUCAGUUUGCAAAAGCUGUGCCGAACAUUACAAAGCAGGUCAACGAAUAAGUGGUGUUUACCACGUCGACCCCGAUAAUGCCGGUGCCUUUGAUGUGUAUUGUGACCAAACAACAGCAGGUGGGGGUUGGACAGUGUUUCAAAAAAGACUUGACGGUUCAGUUGACUUCGAUCGCGUUUGGAAAGACUACAAACAAGGCUUCGGGAGUCUAAGCGGGGAAUUUUGGCUUGGACUGGAUAAGGUUCACCGUCUGACGAAAGAUCGAAGUAGGCUUCGGGUGGAACUCGAAGAUUUUAACGGACAAACAGCUUACGCUGAGUACGACUUGUUUGGCGUUGCUGACGAAGGAAACAAAUACAGGCUAACUCUUGGAACGUAUGCAGGUUAGUGCUUUGAGGGGAAUAGACUGGAUGGGGGCACCUCCAUAAAGCAAAUCUUGAUUAAGUCAGUACAUUGGCUGGAAGCUAAAGUUUAAUUUACCUUACUUACAAUGACAUGCGUACGAGAUUGUGACAACGGGUCGAUUCAUUGAACGUUCAGAAGGCGCAGAGUCAUCUUAAGUAAAGUUAAAUCCUCUUCUCGCACGGAUAUCGUCAUGGCACGUUUCUCUCUUCACCCCAAUAUGCAGACAUUUGACACCUUGCAAUGCGGGAAAUCCAGGUUUGCGCCCCCCCCUUAUUAUCUGGAGUUGUUUCUCGCCCGGGGGGGAUACUCAACAAAUGUUUAUACAAGUCCAACCCCUUAGGUAUACCACUAGCCACCGACACUGAGGUGAAUAAUUGUUUCAGUAUAUAUUAAAACAGUGAGAUAAUUGAGCACAAAAAUGAUGAUUUUUAACUCAUUUACUGUUGCCAACGAUUACAAUUUUGGCGCGCAAUGACCGAACGGCCGCAGUCGUCGCUUUUUCUUGCCGACAAAUAAAACUGUUAAAGGCAUUUGUUUAGCUUUGGCGGGGAAAUUUCUUCAAAAGGAGUUGUGAAUUCUUUGUGUAUUUAAAAUCAUUCUGUAAAAAAGACGAUUACAUUUAGUUUUAAGUUUAUUUAUGAACAAGUCAACUAGAUAAAGUAACACAAGACUUAACCUUAAUUUGCAUUUGUAAACAAAAAACUUUUUCACCGGUUUUAUCGAUAAAUUCAAGUCAAAAAGACGAGGUUUUAUACCUGUUGAAACUCUCAAACCGAACUUCGUCACCUUCUUCGUGUAUUUCGGGAACAGCUUGCUAUAUUAGUCGUAAAAAUUCUUUGUUUGUUACGGCAGCAAACCGUGAAGGCAUUUUGCUAGCAACUUACGCGUCGCUCGCUCGGGAACUGGAAUCAGUGAAUCAGUGAAUCAGUGAAUAGUGCAUGAUAUUCACUGAUUGAGUAGCUAAUCAGAGGGCGCGAAAAACAGUAUCCACUGUUUUAGUAUAUACUAAAUCUAUAUAUUAUACCUGAAACCUGGAUAAAGGUACCCCCUUCGGGCGUGGCCUAGCCCGCGAGCAAGCUCUCCAUUUGGGGUAUAUCGUGAAAAGUAGUCGUCGGCCCCUCGCGCGGUUCGCAUCGGCUAGGCUUGGCCUCUCCUUAUAGGCCAUCGUAGGGAGUAACCCCCAGGUUUCUCGACAGCUCUGAGUUCAACUUCCCGGCCAUGUUUGUGAAUUGCCAGCUUCUUGCCUUCUGCCUUUUGCUGUUUUUGACAGAACUAAGUUACGCCGGUUUUGUUUAGAUAGUAGAGACCUUUAGCAUCAGGUUUUUCAUGGGAAACUGCAAUCCGCAAACCGCAAAAUGUCACGUGACCACGGCCUCGCGGUCACGUUUGCAGUUUGCAGUUCACGUUUGAACCGCAGGAAGGGCUUCCAGGGGUAAGUGAUUGACGACAAGGUUUUGUGCCACAAAAAAUUGUACAGCCUCACAUUUAAAGGUAUGAACUAGGUUUUUAUAUCCGUUUGCGAUGUGUUUGUUGCAUUUUUGAUCUCGAAUCAAUGAAUUGUUGCUGAUUUUUGGGCGAUUAAAGUGAUGCACUUCCGACUUGAUGAAAACAACAUGGCGGACCUAAACAAUGAACGCUUAGUUCAAUCAAUUUUAUAUAAUUCCUUUCUGUCGUACUAACAAAGGAAAGUACUCUGUUCCAAUCCAGAGUUAAUUUUUUUUCUACCUUGUUACUGAAUUCACAGCCUUUACAAUUCCUAUAUCUAUUCUUGUAUUGUAUUAUAUUUUGGAUAAAUAAAAAUGAACUGAACUGAACGCCUUGCUGAAGUUUGAAAUCUCGGCAACGCGAAACUGCAAACGCGUAACAGCGGUUUGCGGUUUGCCUGAUGCUAAAGGUUUCUACCUUCAAGAGCUACACUUUAAAUCCGAGGUUAUAUAAAGGUGAUGUACUAUGCGUGAUGUGAUGUGAUUAUAUGUUUGUGAUUGAUUAUUUGUGAAUGGAGAUCAGCUAAGUGCCCAUCCACUAUAAACAGGGGUUUACAUUUUACAUUUUUAUUAAAAUUUUUGUUUCUAUAUUCCUCACUUCAUUAAUUUCCUGUGAUUAAUUCAGUUUUCUAAUCACAGUAUUUUCUCCUUAAAACUUGGGAGUUACUUUAAAGUGGACCAGAGAGACAAUGGGUAAUUGGGUUGAGGCCUUGUUUCCAUUUUCAAUUUUCCCGUUAACCCUCCUGUUCGUUGCCCGUUCCCCGUCUUAAAUACGUCUUGAAAACUGCAUGCAUCAAUUUUUAACUUCUAAUUAUUUUUCCCGAAACAAGAUAAGAUGCCGUUGUUUAUUUAUCUUUUUAGGAACCGCCGGCGACUCGUUCUCGUAUCACAAUGGUAUGGCGUUCUCCACCAAAGAUCAGGACAAUGAUUUGUACGGUGGCCAUUGUGCCCAGCAUUGGAAGGGAGGCUGGUGGUUCAAAGACUGUCACUAUGCCUUUCUAAACGGCUUCUAUUAUAGAGGCUCACACUCCAACGCUUGGGGAGGUGUGAUGUGGAAUAAGUGGAAGGGUCCCAGGUACUCCGCUAAACGUGCUGAGAUGAAAAUCAAACCUGUUAACGUUUAAGAAACGGUUGUCAAGUUUAUUCUUAUUAAACUUUGAAUGUGAUAUCGGUUUAAUAUGUCAUUGUGGUGCAAAAAGAGACAAGUUUUGGAUCAAAGGAAAGUUAACAUUUUCUCCAGUGUACCUUCAAAACGUUUUUUCUUUUACAACUGUAAAAGUUCCUGUUUGUCUUUUUGUGUCGACUAGAGAAAACGUAGUAAUGCUAUGAAUUAAAAAAAAAGCAAAAUGAAAUAAAAUGCGAAACAACUUUAAACUAUUUUCGGUCUCAAUCUCCACUUGGCCAUAUUUAUCCAUGACCUUGGAAGGAAAAAUCGAAAAGUAAUAUUUUAGUCUGAUUUUAGUGAACUUACAGUUCAUUUCUAAUAAACAUGUACAUUUGUCACAUUUUAUCACUUUCACGGGAACAUAUAUGUUGCAGUUACUUUUUUAAUCUCAAGUAAUUUUUGUUUUUCUUUUGUUUUUGGGUAUGAUAAGGUAUGCUAACGAAGUUGAAACAAAGGAAAAAUAAAAAUUACCUGAGAUAAAAAAUUAACUACGACAUAUAUAUGAACUUAUAAUUAGCCUGAUCCCGGCAUUAGCGGCUUCAUAGCUUAGUUGGUUUAUAGAGCAUGCACCGGUAUCGCGAGGUCACGGGUUCAAAUCCUGUUGAAGUCCUGAAUUUUUUUUCCAGGCUUCUCUUACGCAAUUGCAUAAAUUGUGUUCACAACUGCGAGAAUCAUUCUUCACUUGAUAAAGAUUACACCGUCCGUGUACACCUUAUUUUUUUCAAUUAAACUACCGGCACUGCGUGACAUGUUACGUCAUUUCCAUGGUCUAUACUCUCAUAAACCAUAGCUCUCGACCAAUCAGCGCGCGAGGAUUCGCUCAGAUUGUAAAGUCAUAAUUGGAAGCCUGCACAAGAAAGGAUACACACAAGGCAAAACAGACCUCCUUUUUAAAGCGAUUGUGCUCCCUAAAAUUGUGUACGGCCUUUCAGUUUACGCUGCUAGCGUUUCAGACCUUCCUGCUUAGCAAAGCUUUUACAAUGUAAAAAACGUCACAAUUAGAGUCGCUAUACAUCAGUGAAUUAUGAGUUACUUCUUUUACAGACUUAAACAUUGUGACCAUCCGUCACAUAAUUUGCAUCCUAGGUAUAAAGAUUCAUCGGAGCGCUUAAGAAAUAUAACAGGAAUGCGACUUAAAUAUUAAUUUUGAAUGUUUGUAAAAACAGAUUUUUUUUAACAGAUUGAUUUUUAACUAUAAACAAGCUGUAUAUUAAAUACCAGAUUUUAAAAAUUUUGGAAGGCUUAGUUCACUUUUACGUAUACAACUGUAUUUUUGCGCUUUUUUCUUGUCACUUUUUAUUGAAACAUCUGAUAUGUAUUUUUAUCCGAUGAAUUCUGAUUUUCUCAGUCUCUGAUUUGAAUGCUCGAAGAGGACGCCAGCAACCCAUACUUUUAUUCCACAAGAGCAAGGGAGGUUCACUGAGUCUACAACCGGCUUAAUUGUUUGCGUGUUUCAGGCGUGCGGAGGCAACGGCGAGGGGGGCGUUGAGCGCAAGAAAAAGAAAAAAGGCCCGCUUUGCAUGGGAAAGGGAGGUAGAUCUCGGCGCUGCGGCUUACAUCUCAUAUAACAUUACUGCGGUUCACAUUAACCGGCGCUGGGUGCGAAACAAUGAUCUGAUGGGAGCUGCCAGCGAGGAACCAACAUUUACUGAAGUUCAGUCUCACAGAAAAUAGAUCUUGUAGACACACACGACUUUCAAUCAGCAGAGAAUUAUCCACCCAUCUUUACAAGCGCUCUGAAUAGGGCUGAAGCCUAAAUCGUUGUCCUGGAUAGAGACUGUUGGAGAAGGAUGAUUUCCUGCCUUGUAUUCCAUUUUGGAAAAAGGAAGUGAUGAUGAUCAUGAAUGUAGUGUUCCCUCAAAUAAUAGCUGCAUGUGUCUCGAUUAAUUGCCUCCUUUGGACGGAAAUAUUUAAAAUAAUCGCCUCCCUUGAAUAAUCGCUCCCUCCCCCACCCCUCUUGCCUCUUCUCUUUCUUUUAUCCCCUCCCUGCCAAGUUAAAGUAGAGUCUGACCAGCAAAGCUGAUCUGAUGAAACUCUUAAAAAGCCCAUAUGUGAUUAUUUUUCUUGUUUUAAUGAUAAAAGGCCCGUUUUUUUAUUUACAUCAGCCACAAACUCAAGCCGGAACCAUAUUAGCUGUACGGAUAAAAAACGCAAAACAAAUACCUCUCAGACGGCGCCGUAAAAGUAAAACCAAACGCAAACCGUUUUGCCAUUCGUGUUUUCCCGCGUUUGAGGCGCCUGGCCUGCCGUGGAGUGGGUAUUUAGUUUUACCUGCAGUCGCCCAUCUUUAAUGAUUUCGAAAAGAAGGCGUCAAAAGAUGAAGUACCACUACUAUACAGGACGUGCGAAAAGAAAUCACCACACAGAUUGAAAAACUGAUACCCACCAAGUACUGUAAGUCAAGUGAGAAGGUAUGUCCCGCAGGUCCCCCGGAUAUCCUGGUCUCACUGGUGCGAAGGGACCACGUGGAAGAAGGACACCAAAGGGAAAGAAAGGUCUUCAAGGUCCCAUGGCACCACUGGAAAAUCUGGAAAAUCAGGAAUGACGGGUCGUACACGAUCAAAAGGAGAAAAGAGAGACAAGGGAGGGACUUGGCCAAAAGGUAUGCCGGGAGCUACUGGAGUACCUGGAAAAACGGAUAAGACUGGUCCAAAAAAGUCGAGAGGAGAAAGAAAGAUAUUAGAGAAUCCAGGUCAAAAAGUAUGCCAGGACCAACUGAGAGCCCUGGGAAAUCGAUAUCUGCUGAUGUGACCUGCAGAUCAGACUCGAGAUGAGGGACAUAAUAUGCCGUUUUAAUGUAGAGCUGGAGGAAAUCCUACUCCCAGUAUCGAAUGGCGAUUGAAGGGCGGAAAACUUUUGACAGGUGCAAAGUAUUUGAUCAGAGAAGGAGAGUUGGUUGUUAGGAAUCUAAUUUAUAACGAUACUGGGCAGUACACAUGCGCAGCGAAGAAUAUUAUUACUGAGGCCUCUGGUAAUUUGACGGUUCGAAGGAAGAAGAACAUUUUUUUCUACAGUAAUCAAACGUUUAAACAAGGCCUAUUACAGGCUAAUUUGGCCGUCUGAUGGCUAGUGUAUAAAAAAAAUUUCCCAGGGGUCGAGUUCCGUUUGUAUCUGUGUGAUCGAAAGCGAAUGUGAUAAUUCAUAAGAAGUAUUACGUAGGCCCCCUUUAUGUGGAGAAGAAAUGAUGUCCCGCGUAGAAGGAGGGUUACUCGCCUACUCAAGAGCCAAUUUUCAUACAUUUUCCCAAGACUUGGCGAAUCGUUUACUCUAGAACAAAAAGGUGGCUCGAUUAAAAUGUUGACCCACCUAGCCGAGUUACCGUUUCUCGAAGAUAGGGUAACCCUCCAUGCUGGGCAGCUUUUCUUCAUGUAAACUCUUUUAUUGCUCGCUCAGUUAGAAGUCAACUCGGUCAAGGCGAGAUAAUCAGAGGACGCGAGAGCGCGCGUAUAUAUCGGGCAAAGGGGUCAAAACGUUUUUCUCAUAUAAACGCUCGCUUAAAAUUUACCGGGAGGGUGAUCCUCCCUCGCGGGACAGCUUCUCUCCAUAUUAAGGGGGCCUUUAUAAAACUACAUCUCAUUAGGUACAGCUAGAUUGUGUGACAAGGGUGUAAAGGGAAAAGAGAGGGGGAUAGUAUGGGCGCACAAGAGCGGGAAGGUCGCGCAAGGAAGGAGGCGAGGGAACACAUGCGAGGCCGCUAUUUUUUCCUCGGUCUUUUUUAUUACGUUUAGAUCCUCAGCUUGACAGGGGCUUAGGAAACACCAAUAAAACUACUAAGACAUACUCCCUCGAUCAGCUUGGUCGAAACAGGGGCUCUUGAUUAAAAUCAAUGCAAUACUUUUUUUAGAUAUCGGCCUUUUACAAAUAGCACCCUGAGUCCCUGACGAGAACCUUAUCGCAAGCCGUUAAAAGAUAAAGAAUUUAUCACCUAAAAUAGCAGACGACCUUUUCUUUAUGAGCUUCCACACUGAAAUGAUCGAAACCAUUUCAAACCGGUUAAACCGCCUAGAAAUACAACAUUGCCUUAUCUUAAUGAGAUUCUACUGCAUUGUACUCAUGAGAUAAGGACUAAAGCCUAUGAUGUCAUCGGCGUAACCGAGAUUCUACCACAGGAAAAUAGUUAAUUCGUUUGCUACUAUACUACUAACAUUUGGUAUCAUUUAUUCAAAUGGGGAAUGUCAAAAUAUACAGGAGAGUCAGCAAAUUUCACAGAUGGUGUAAUAUUGGUAUAAACGAACCUUGAACUGUUAAAAUACAUAAUUCCAUUAUGUUUUCUUGGGUUGUUCUUGGGCACUUCCCUCUUGUUGCUGUUUCUCACAUUUUAAAAAAAGGAAAACAAACAAACAAACAAAAUGUAAAGAAAUCAAUACCGGUAUAAAACAAACCACACAUGAGGAAUACUUGAUUGAAGACUCAAAUCUGCGACUCCGUUUGGCAUUCCAAUCUAGUUACAGCUGCAACGUGUUACAAAACCACAAUGUUCGGAUAACAACAUUUUAGGGGGUUUACAAGUCAAAGACACAGGGGACUAACAUAUUUUGACGUUCUCAAAUGUCCAACUAAAGGAAAGCAAAAUGCAUCAAAGCACACGCUCAUGACUUUGUUAUUAUCCAUCAUGUGAUUUCGGUCACGCGGUUCCACGGGGGGUAGGGAGUGACAACGACCCCAACAUCCUGGCCCUUUAAACACAAAGAAAACCAUAUACCGUUUACAUCAAAAGUGCACCUACGAUUGCGACCACAGUUUAUCGUCUUAGUGAUAGUCCAAAUUAUUGUUUUCAUAAGAUCUUAAGGUCAAGUCUUGUUUUUGAUAUCCGCAUUAAUAUUCUCCACUUCUCUCUCUUAAUUCAUAAAAUAUAUUCAAAUUUAAUAAGCUGCUGCUGUCGUCCAGCUUGUCUUCGCUUGGGCCGAUCUAACAGGUUCAUGCUUUGUAGGAAAGGUCCAGGGAUCCGAAUGAUUGACUGACUGGGUACACUCUACUGAUCCCACUACUGCCAGUGACCCAGUUGACGCAAUCGAUUUCUAGACAGAUGAUGACGUCAUUCCAGCAAGAUACCGUCUGUGGGGAGUGAGCGGCACUUCAACUAGUUUGCAGGUCACCAUUUGUUUGUAUCGUGGAAGCAGCCUGGUUGCCGAAAAGAGUACUUCGUCCUAUGCUGCCAGAACGUCUGUUAGGACUUUUGAGGUGCAUUUUUCUCGAGUGAUCUCGAUCCACACUGGUGUCAAAUACGCUACAACAGCUAGAAUAAGUAGAAGUAAAUACUUUUUGUCGCUUAUUUUUUAAUUAACGAUGGUAUGGCAUGUGCCUCGUGUUCUGGUGUCAAGUAAACUUCAAGUCCUCCUCAAAAAGGCCAAACAGUUCUAGCCAGACUGACGGUCAAAUACCAGCCUUAAUAUCCCGUUCCCCUCAGUGCUAAAAGGGAAUAGAACCAGUAGGAAAAGAAGGCAGGAAUUAAUUAAUUCUUAUGAUCGAAGCAGGUAGAAGUAUUAACCGUGAAGACGAUGACCACUUUAGGAACCUUUAUCGGCCAAACAAACCUGUAACUGAAACAUUCGACGAAAAGAAAAAUAUUUUAUGAGAUACCGCAUCCAUCGCAAUAAAACUGUGAAUAACGCAACCUAAACCCUUCCCAUUACAGGACCAACUGAUGAGUGGUUAAUUACAUUUUGUAUAGACUUCCAAGAGUGGUUUAAUCAACGAUCCUGUUUCCUUUCAAGUUAAAACGAGGAAUUGUCGUCUUUUUCUUCUUUUGUUCUCUUGUUCCAGCAGACGCUCUGUUACCAUUGCUUUCUGAAACCAAGCUGUUCUGGAUUCGUUUCAGUUCUACAACAUUGUAAUUCUGUGUUUUGACUCACGUGGCCAGCAUCUAUGCAAAUUUAUUGGAACAAAAGAAAGCGUUUACAUAAAAAAAGAGUUCAACUCCCACAGGGCUGGUUUAGGACAUAAACAUGGCCGUCGUAUCAUUGUUUUGGGACACAAAUAUGGCCGCCAUGACGUCAUCUGAAAACACACAAUAGAAGCAUUAGCUUGACUUUUUUUUUUUCACUCUUCCAGUUUUUCGGUACUCACCAGUUCCUCUCACCAACCUUUCCAUCUUCUCACAGGAAACCACGCGUACGAAAGUUGUUGAGAUUUGUAUUUUGAUUAGGGUAAAACUUGCCAGGAGAAAUAUCGUUCAAAUCUAUAGGAUAUCAUUAAUAAAUCGCCCCAAGUAGUAAUGAAAUCCAAGGCAGUCUGGGAUUCUGGAUUCCACGCCGUGGAUUCCGGAUUCCAGAUACUGGAUUCCAGAUUCUUUGUCAGUGGAAGUUGUCGAAUGGAUUCCCGCAAUUGCAAUCAUUAGUGGAUUUCGGAUUCCUUGAGCUGUAUUCCGUUUUCCAAAACCCAGGAUUCCCGAUUCCACAAACAAGAAUUUCCUGCAUUCUGGAUUCCACAAGCAAGACUUUCUUGGAUUCCGGAAUCCAGAUUUCCUUAGACGGGGAUACAUAAAUCUACUUAGUGUUUUUUUGGUCUACUUAAUAUUCUCUUCGUAUUUUGUAUAAUUCAUUUUCAUACUGUCUUCUCGGAUCAACCCCAGAAAGUUUCACCAACAUUUGACAAAUUAAAUGGAAAUAAUUGACAUCGAUAAAGUUUGAAACAGUGCGAUUUCACUUUUUAAGUAACGUUUUCGGUUUGUUGUCAUCCAGAAAUGUUGCUACCAUGGCAACGUGACGUAAAGACUUCUCCUCCCUAUUCGCUAAUUUCAUGGAGCGUUAAUUUCCUAUAAUAAGAUAACACGUUUUGGGUCCAUAAUGAACACCAUGCAUAUUUUACGUCAAAUUAGGCUUGAACUUACCGAACCAAGCACAAUUAAGUAGAUAUAUAUAUAUAUAUAUAUUGUUUUCUAGCUUUAUCAUUUGGCAUUGGAACAUAAUUGGACAGAGCAUUACGUCCACCACUCCUUUCUUAACUCUAUGGUGUUUUUAUAGAUAAUAAAAAAGGAAAGAAAAUGGAGCGCAAAUGAAACAAAACGAAACAAAACGAGUUUUACUACGUGUUUGAUGAAAGAGGUGUGGUAUAAUAAAAUAUCAUGCCGUGCCCAAACAAGUAAGUGCUUCAACGAAACGGAUGAUUUGUCGAUAAAGUUUAGUUGUUCACAACAUUUAACAAAAUGAAAGGCUUUGCGGUUUAGAGUCAAUUACCCAUGCUUAAGUACGUCUAGGAAGCGUAAGCAACAUUUUUGUGUGGAAUCUAGCUUAGAAAGAGUUAUAAAUUACUUCAUAAAUUGUGAAAGAGUUGUUCAAACGAGCUAAUAAAGCUUCAGUAAAUAUUUUCAGAAAUUCUAAAAGCAUUAAAUAUCUCAAUACGAAAGAGAAAAAGGUAUCGUAAUUUGCAAUCAACAGUCUCUGAAAAAAAGAAUAAAACGGAUAUUAAGCUUUCAGACUGAAUAAAAUUUUACAUAUUAAUUUAUUAUCGACUUUUACUGUGUAACUUGAGGUCCUAGCUUUUUGCAAACUUGCCAUGGAAUCUCAAACUGAUACUGAGUUCACCUGCUUACUUCAAUCUAUACACGCUCCAUAAGCCUAUCCUGGUUUGAGAUCAUUUUGAAAAAACUAUCAUGGAUAAUUAAUCCUCUAUUCAUUUGAAAUAACAAAAGAGAAACUCAACUGUAGCAAUGAGCUUGUUAUCUUGCUUAUCUUCAAAAUAUAAUUUUUUCCCAAUUAACUGAGCAAAGGAAUAACUUUUUGUUUCGUAUGUUAUUUGGGGAAGAUUUUCUUAAAAUUUAGGAUAAUAUGUAAGAAGAAAUCAAUAUUAAUCACAUGGCGCCAAGCAUCAAUUUGAAAAUUUCAUUACGCUCUACCCUCAAUUUUUGGCACAGUUUUUUGUUGAUGUAAGAACACAAAAAAGAAAAAAAUAUUAGCAAGCCACCUCCUGCUGAGUUCACUGGGAGCGAACUGGCCAGUGACCAAUUUUCGAUGAUCAAUUUAAUUUGCUACAUGAGCUUGAUACUCUACAAAUUAUCUAGUCAACUAAAUGACAACAUUUGUAUUGGGUUCGUUAUAAAAUAUUAAAUAAUAUCAAAUUGUCACCAUCGCAACUCUGUUUAAGUCGAAUUCCAUUAUUGGGGAUCGACACACCUUACUCUAUACAUGUUGAACUCAUCAACUACUUUACGGAAAAAGGUUUCAAGAUACUGAAUACCGCACCAAGACUCCUGGAAACUGGUGAGAAUUUUCGUUUUGUCCCUUUUUUAACUUAAAUGAUUCCUUUUUUAACCGAUGUAAGGGUAUUUUGUUGGAGUUUUCUCCUAUGUAUUUCAGUACUUCAUGGCUUACCGUUAGUUUAGUACAGUGUAAGGCUCCAGCAUCCAGCUGGUUACGUUUCGUGUUCUUUAAAAGCUAUCAUGAAGAAAACUCUCAAAAAAGAAGAAAUAAUUGAGUUAUUAACAAGUAGCCAUGUCAAGUAUUCACACAGCUUGCACCGAAUUGCAGUUGCACUCACGUUCAGAUCUCAGUUUUUUAUUCCUACAGUUUCAUAAGGACCAUUUAUCGCCUCCCUCUCAGAAUACUUCUGAUCGGUAUGACUUCGUCUUUUUCCACAAACGAUGUUCGUCUGGGAGGAGGUCCUGACGAAGCGCUAAAGGCUUGUAACUAUUAACCUUUUAAUUUUUACUGUUACGCGCGUAGUCAUCUGGGCCGAUGAUUGAGAAUUUCAAAGGAAAAAGCACCUCUGUGAACGUCCAGAAGAAUGACUUUUUCUCGUUAGUAGCAUGUUGCCUAUUACAGAAAAGAGGGAUGAUUUAGUUUUGAACGCCGUCAGUUUUUAUUUUAUUUUAGUUUUUUAGCUCAUGAGCGCUUAGUUCAGAAAAAAAAAAAAACGUUCCUGAGCCAAAAAUAACACUACAAAGUUCUAGAAUGAGCGUUAAAAUUCCAAGUAGUGGCACAGAACUCCUAAGGUGUCAGUUUUUGUUAUUUUAUUUUAAUAUAUUUUUUGAAUGGUAUUAGAAGAGGAUCGAACAUUAAACGAAACGAUAUUUUCUUACGGUGAAAAUAAUCGCCUGUUCAGCGUGGAAUAUACUCCGGAUUGAGAAAUCGGGUUUGUCAAGAUGGUGAGCCCUAAAACUGUCUUUUGCAAUUAAACAUUUAUGGACAUAAAUUAUUGAUUAUUUGGUAUGUCUUCGUAAAAGGAAUUAUCGGCGCCAACCAUUUGAAAAUUCCAUUUUCAUUAUAGUGGGCGAUCUGCAUGUCGUGUCAAAUUACUCCUCGCAAAUAACUGAAGCCGGCCGUGGGCUGAUGACAUUUACGUUUUAGCUUCCAUUAGCCGGUCGCGGGCCGUUAAUUAACUGUGCCAGUUGACAAUAGUAUCGGUAACAAAAUUAAAACUUAAUGUGCUACUUUCUUGUCGAAUUUGUAUUAUUGCAUGGGCAUUGGCCGUAUUCCCACUAAUUUCGCUGGCUUUAAAUUUAUUAUUUCCCUUAACUUAAAUAUACUACCUAGAAUUUGAGGAGUGUGGGUGGAAAAAAUAGCUAAUUUAAAGUAAAAGUUUUAAGCAAUUCUGGUUCUCUAAUAAUUGUCGCCCGCGUACCAAUUUUGGAGUCAAAAAUUAUUUGCUUUCGCUACUGUUACCAUCAUAACCAUAGUAACCAUUAAUUGACAAACGUUUUUUUAUUCAAGAACCUAGAACAGGUUCUGCUAUUUUUCAACAAAAAAAGGGUACUUUUUAAAACUCUUAUUUUCCCUUUGAUCAUAUGAAUUCGAAUUAUUGAGGAAGAUCAUCGUUUUCCAUCGUUUUGAUAACGAGUUGAAUAAAUGUGAAAAACCGAGGGCGUUAAUGUUGCUAGUUAUUUUACCGAUGUUUUAAAUAGAAAGCUAAGCUUCUCCUCUGGUAUCUGAUUCUCUUAAGGUGUUAAAAUCACUGAGGAAAUAUAAGAAUUAAGUUUUCUUAUCACGGCACAAAUUUAAGCCUAAGCAGGCUGAUUACAAAAGGCUUUUUUGCAACGAAAGGGGAGGCAGUAGUGGUAAGGCAAAUCACUCGUUUCAGCGACUUUGAAAGCAAUAACUAAAUUUCGUCAGUGAGACUUUCAAUUGUCUUUCCUCGUUUUAUUCUCCGUUAACCCUUCUUUAUUUAGGGGGUUUUGAAAUAGACAGCGUCCAAGGGAUGGCGAAUUGCGAAUCACUUCGGCUGUUAUGUUGUGUUAACUAUAGAAAAUUUGUAUACAGCUUGUUUAUGAUCACGAAACUCUCAUAACAUUCUUGUAAUGAACCUAAAACAUAGGAAAAGGCUACAAGUGACAGGAUACGAAAAACAUUUGUAAAGUGCUCGUUUUAUUACAAUUUACUUUUCUAUACUUUAGACGGGAGUUCCAGACAUGACAGCGAGGAUAGCGUUCCGUAUCUCAGUUGUGGCUCUCCUGCUCUACCUCGCAGUAACUCAAAAAUGUCCUGCAAGUGGAAGAUCCGAGAGCUCCAUCAUUGGCUGGAUGUUGCGAGGACACGUAUACGACACUCUUCUAGCGGAACUUCCCUUUACAUGCGUAUUCAAGUGUCGAGAAGACAAUCGAUGCCAAAGUUUUAACUGGGUGAUCUCUCUUCUCACUUGCGAGUUUAACAACAGGACAAAGGAAGCCAGGCCGGAGGAUUUCAUUCCAAACCCAGACAGAUCUUACUAUCCACGCGAUUUAAAGCGAGGUGAGCCAGCAUACCAAGGAGGGGGUCUCCCUAUAAUGGCCUAUACGGGGAUCGGAGGAUCCGACUGGAAGGGGACUAUAAGUUACAUUUCGCCUGAACUAGCUCCGCUUGAACAUUUAGGCUGAAAUCUGUCUUUUGGAGUAAAUUGAAGACCGAUGCUCAGAUGUCAAUAAAAAAAAGGUGGAAGUUCCACGGGAAGGCUUUUUAGUAACAUUUAUCUGGAAACUUUUAAAGUCCUCGUGACGAGUACGUCAACAAUGACGUUACUAUGGAAACCGAGUAUUGACAGCCGUGUUUUCAAAAUUAGCAUUUUCUCUUAAAACUGAGGUUUUAUUUCUAUUUUUACUAACCGUAUAUCAUUAUAGUUAUCACUUACUUUAGCAUUAUUUACAUAUUAUAAGUCACAUUUAUUGACAGCAUGGACGCACGUGGUGCCAAAAAUAAGAUGUGCUGGGUUUGAUUGUUGGAGCAGCUUCUUUUGCUUUUACUUUUGCAGUUAUUUUUUGUUUGUCUAUGUACUGUAGAUUUCAUAUUUGUAUAUUUUCUUUUCCCAACUGACCUUUUUCACUUUCCUUCUAAUUCUUGCCGGCAUAAACCCCUAGAGCUUCCCACACCCCCCUCCCCUCUUUUUCUCUCUCCCACUCCACACUUCGGCAGUAAGUAAAAUGUAUGCAUUGUAAAAGCAUACUGAUAAAUUAAUAUAGAUCUGUUUCUGACCUUUUAGUUCCCCUUGGUUCGAUUCAAGAAUUGCCAGCUGAGACUUGUGACGAAAUAAAGAGGAGUGAAGGACAGGCUGUUAGCGGGAAAUAUUGGUUUUCCACUGUAAAAUCUGGUACAUCUGUUCUGGCUUAUUGCAAUAUGAAGACCAACGGUGAGUUUGGUCAGUUGUAUUAUCGGCGACUGAUUAAGCUUGUUAAUUUUUUCGAUAUUUUAUCGACCGUUCAAUAAUGUUUGUUUGUGUAGACAUUGACGAAUGCAGUGUUUCCCCUUCUGUAUGUGACCUCAACGCCAACUGCUCCAAUACUCGUGGAUCUUAUUACUGCACUUGUAAGGCAGGAUACACUGGCGAUGGAAAAACUUGCCAAGGUAAUAUAAGAUACUUUAGCUAAUUUCAACAGAACUGAAUAUUUCCAUUAAGAAAGUGUUUUCUUUAAUAAAUGUUGUUCUUCUUAGACACUGACGAGUGCAGUGCUUCUCCUUCUGUAUGUGACAUUAAUGCCAACUGCUCCAAUACUCGUGGAUCGUAUUACUGCACCUGUAAGACAGGAUUUACAGGCGACGGAAAAAAUUGCCAAGGUAGGGGAAACUACUUUAGCUAAUAAGUUAGUUUACUGCUGUACCAUCAGAGAUGGCAGUUUCCUGGAGACGUGUGACAUCAUUUAAAAUGGCGGCUAAUAAUGAGAUCGCGGUAAUCCAUUGAAUCCGUGUUUGUUUCUGGUAUCGGGACGAUUGAUGUGUUUUCUACACUUAAAAUGCAACGUUUGAAUUCAAUUAUUUAACGGAAAGUGAUGUUUAAAUAGACGGCUUCACGAUCAUAGUUGCAUUAUGGGUAAUCAGGGCAAGAGGGCAGGAAAUUCAAAGAUUUGUAUUGGCAUUCAAAGCAAGCUAAUUCUUCCUGAAUUCAUACAUUUGAUGCUUUCUCCUUGAAGAGAAUAAAAUUAUUUAAGAGUUCCAAGCACUAAAUCUGGGGUGCAAAGAAGUCCGUGAUCAGUUAUUAGAAAACCUUGAUUUCUCCUUUCAUUUUCUGUAAUUCGACAGUAUCAAAAUUACAGAAAAUGUAUGGAAAAGUUGAGGUUUUCUAAAAACUGAUCUUGGGCUAUUAUGCAAUGCAGAUUCAGCUCAUAAGUUACACUUUUCAAAGAGAACGUGGUAAAUAUAUAUGAAUUCAGGAAGAAUAAGCUGGCUUUGAAUUCCGAUACAAAUCGUUGAAUUUCCCGCCAUCUUGCCCUGAUUACCCAUGAUGCCACUAUGAACGUGUUCAAAGACGGCUACUAAAAUCGGAUCCCUUGACUUUGCACGUGCAAGCUAGUAAAGACUGAGUUUUUGGAAUUUCCAUUUUGUAUUUUUUUUUUUUUUUUUUUUGUAUUUUAUUAUUUCCUCCAUUUAUUUAUAUUACAGGCCAUUUAUAUUUUAUUACAGAUUCGAAGAUACCAUUCAUAAGAUUUCAGUUAUGUAUCACGGAUUACAGGAAUAAAUGGUCGGGAGAAGGGCAAGAUAUUGUGAAACUUAAAUUACAUGCCCUAUGAUUAAAUUACAGUUUUAUUUAGGGUAAAAGAGAAAAAAAUAUAAGCAUAUGAAGUAUGAAAUAUAAAAGAGAGAAAAAAGAAAAGUACACAAAAAUCUCUAAGAACAUAAGAGGGUCGGUAUGGCGGUGAUUAUACUGAGCAAGAUAACAGGUAGCAUAGUGUUCGUUUAAACUUUUAAAUCUCUAAGGUCAAUUUUAUUACGAGGAAACGGACUUAGCUUAGGAUCAUGCGAAAGAGUCAAGACUGGCAAAUUAUCAGCUAUUUGUAGAGCAAUGCUACCACUAGUACUUGACGUUAUAAGUUAGAAAGAAUGUGGUCUAAACAACUUGUUAUCGACUCGGUUAUGCGGGUUUAUUUUAUUUUAUUUUAUUAGCUUCGCCUAUUACUGAACAAUGAAUAAUAAAUGCUUAAUAGGCAGGGGUGCCACGACAGCGGUGAGCCAAUUACAGUGGUCCCAGAGCUUAAAAGAUAUGUAAGAAACAGUAAAACGUCUUAUGACCAUUAAAAACAACAACGGAGACGGCCGAUAGACACGUUACGUUACAUUAGCCUGUCCCUCAAUAUGUUCACAAUAUGGUCACAAAUGAAUGGUAGAUCCAGUAUACUUUGUAGCGCGCCUAUGGACACGCUCGAGCUUUCGAAUCAGGUCUAUUGACUGCGGAGUCCAGACUUGCGUGGCAUAGCCAAGAUGGAUCUUACUAGGGUAAGGUAUGCCGAGUGUCUAACCGUAAUGCUUUUGACGAGUCUGGUGUCUGGUGUUUCUCCGUACAUAUCCCAGGGGCCUGCUGGCCUUUAAGCGCAUUGCACAUUGACUUGCUUAUUCUGCGGAAGGUUAUCAGUGAUGUAAGAUCCUUCUCGGCAGAGUCAACUUCAAGCUGAGAGCCGGCCAUAUGAUAGACAAAGAUGACGGGUUUAAGUUUCCUAGUAUGCGCUGCGCUUUGCAUUUGCUGUAGUUAAAGUUUAGGCUAUCUGACGUGGUCGAGUGGUCAGAUUCUUCUAGGUCCUCCUGAAGAUUUUCUGCAUCGCGCGUUGAUGUUAUUUCUUUGAAAACCUUUGUGUCAUCGGCAAACGCGGCAAUCUGGCUUGAUGUAACAACAUCUGGCAGAGAGUUCACACACAGAAGGGUUGUGGGUUGAUUAUGGCGGAUUGCCGAUUGCAGACAUUGCAGAUGAUAAUGAGAGAUGCAAAAAAAGUGUGUUGAGUUCUGACAAAGACAGCUAAAAAGGAGCAGCUAGAUGGAAACCAUGAAACAUUUUUCCCUUCUUGAUGCAUUUUUAGUUCUAUUAAGAAUUCAAAGUGGACUAGUGAUUUUUUAAUUAGAGUUGUUUUUCUUAGACAUAGACGAAUGCAGUGCUUGCCCUUCUGUAUGUGACAUCAACGCUAACUGCUCCAAUGCUCGUGGAUCGUAUUCCUGCACUUGUAAGGCAGGAUUUACAGGCGAUGGAAAAAACUGCCAAGGUAGGAGAAAAUACUUUAGCUAAUAGGUUAGUUUACUGCUGUACCACCAGAGAUGGCAGUUUCGUAGAGACGUGUGACAUCAUUUAAGAUGGCGGCUAAUAAUGAGAUCGCGGAAAUCCGUUGAAUCCGUGUUUGUUUCUGGUAUUGGGACGCUUGUGUUUUCUACACUUCAUUAAAGGGGCCGGGUAAAAAAAUGCAACGUUUGAAGUCAGUUAUUUAUUGAAAAGUGAUGUUUAAAUUACUCGACAGCAUCGAUCGUCCAUUAAAUGCCCCAUCUUGCACGUUCAAGGAAGUGAAGACUGAGUUUUUGGAAUUGCCAUAAGCAGAUGAUUAUGUCAUUGAGAUGCAAAAACUAAAGUGUGAUGAGUUCUAACGAAGACAACUAAAAAAUGAGCAGCUAGAUGGAAACCAAGAAACAUUUUUCCCCUUUUAAUGAGUUUUAAUCUCCUUUCAGAAUGGAUCGUUCAUGACUUAAUAGUUCUUUUAAGAAUUCAUUGUGAUUUUUAAUUUAUGUUGCUUUUCCUAGACGAAUGCAGCCACCCCCCCCCCCCCCCCCCCUUCUGUACGCGAUAUUUACGCACUAUAAAUUUUAGCUCUAAAAUGGGGUGUGUCGAGUGGCGGAGGUUGUAGGAGUUUAGGCUGAACACGAGGAAAUAUAGCCGCUUGCAGCUUGACCAGUCUAUAUAUAAAAUUAGUCUAAAAGCGAGUGCCCUUUCAAAGAAAUGAUGACAGACGGAAGAUGGCAGAAUACAAUCAACGUGGAAUUGUUCAAUUUCGAGGCCAACAUUGAAAGAGAGAGAAAAAAGGACUUUGAGCACGACAUUGCAGCGUCAUUCCUUCAAUUGACCCAAGUUCUAAAUAAAGUAACAAAUUGUAGGUAAAGGGAGAGUAACUAUACGUGUCUGUCUGUCUGAUUAAUUUGUUCACAUCCCAUCAGGAUCGAUAGUUCCAACAGAAUGUAACUCCUACAUUGACCUUGAUGAGCCUGGAAGAUAUUGGAGCAAUAAUAGUGGUUCUGUAAUCUGCGAUGGGGGUGACCCUAAAUUUGUCAACAAUAAGUGGUAUCGCUUUGUUGGAGGAGCUGGAAGGAUGAUGGCGUCGUAUUGCAUUCCCAAAUCAAGUUGCAGUACCCAUAGAUCUUCAUGGAUAAAUGGUGAUCAUCCGACUAGUCUCUACACCACGGUGACAACAACUGUAUGCAUGCACUGGAGUUCAGACUGCUGCCAGAGAUCCUACCCCGUUGACAUAACACAAUGUGACGGCUACUACGUGUAUAAACUGCAAAAGCCCACAUCAUGUUAUGAGCGUUACUGUGGUGUUUUAGGUGAAUAUUCGAAAAAAAUACCUUUUUGAUAAGUCUUUAAUAACUGUGUUUGUUUUGAUUACGUGCAAGAAGAUUUAUCCUCCUUGCUAUAAAGUAAAGAGUUUCCCUUCAUUGUCAUAUGGAUAGCAUCAUUUGAAAGAUAACUUGUCAUUCUAUGGCACUUCUAUAUAUAUGUUCGAACUUCUAUCAUUUCCUCGAAUAAUAGCCGGGGGCGAUUAUUUCUUUUUUCGCACCAAAAGGGGGCGGUAAUUCGAGGGAGGCGAUUAUUUAAAAUAUUGUUCACAAGAAGUCGUGCCCUGAAUAUUUUGAAUUUUCCAUUUUCCCAUUAAUUAAAUUUAAAAAAAAAACGUCAAAUUAAACUGAACCUUGGCAUUUAAAGUGUUCCAAAUUUGGUUUCUUGAUUAAUUUUCACCGUAAAUGUCCUCGGCGUCAAAUCUUGAAUCGUCACUGAUCAGUUAUGCUGGAUCAGACUCCCAUUCAGCCUCAUCCUCAACUUUACCGCGCUAUGGGUAUCCCUAGCGGGUAACCUAUAUGACCUAUAUGGGUGGGAGAGGGGCGAUUAAUCGAGGGACGGCUACUAUUCGAGGAAAUACGUUAUUUCGUGCCCGUUGCUUCUUCCACAUUUUCUCAUCAUUAAUUUUCGCUGUGACGCAGAUGCAAAUGAUGCCUGUUUUGGAACCGCAGGAUCAGACGUCUGUGCUUGUAAUCCGGGUUAUAGAGGAAGUCCUUGUUCUGGUAGGUAAAUACAUACUUGCACUUAGACUCGUACGGUCUCACUUUGAACAGAAUGCGGACAUCAUUAUCAUUAUCAUCAUCAUCAUUGUAUUUGAUAAAGUAGGUUAAUAGGCGCAUACAUGCGUUUUGAUGUUGAUACUUUAGGGAAACUGAUUAAGAGACCCUUCUUCUACUUUCCUUCUAAGUGAAAAUUAAUUCACGAUAAUCAUUCAUAUCGUAUUAAAUUGAAAUUUCCCUGUUCCAUUAUUAUCGUCCCCUGCAGCUAACUCUAUUUGAAUAAACUGCAUUCUGUAUUAAAUAAGAAGAAGAAUUCUAACACUUGAAAGCUUCGAAAAAAAUUUCCGAGCUCCUGGUGAGAAUCGAGAAUCACUUCUCUAUAACCACUGAGCUACUGGAACGCUAAUGGCGAGCAGGUCGGAAUUUCAAAACAAGUACACCAGACGAUUAGGGCCGUCCACUAGCGUACAAACCAAACGUUGUUUAUUUAAAGAAGAAGAAGAAAUAUAACACUUGAAAACACAGAAUAACUUCCAAGUAAAGUAGCACAGGUCCCGGAGUUAAUACAUCAGACUUUUUGGGCAACGUUAUUGUUUUUUGUUAUUUAAUUUGUUUUUGUCAAUUUCUCUUCCUUCAGUUCUCACCGGUACCGGAUUCAUUCUUUUUGCCCAAAAUUCCAUUUGGACUAUUAAUAAUUAUUCAGGCUUCCUUGACUUGAUUUAAUAUAAACCACCUUAUAACUCCGAUAGGCUCAAACUUUCCAUAAAAUUGAACGACAAUAAUAAUUAAAAAAUAGAUAAUAAUAAUAAUAAUAAUAAUAAUAAUAAUAAUAAUAAUAAUAAUAAUAAUAAUAGGCUUCACGGCGGAGGGGUUGGUUAAUAAGCCUAGUAGAAUGGUUCAUGGACAAAAUUUUAGGGCAAACGGAAACAUUUUUAUACAUUUUAACCUUUUAAUAUUUUACAAGAGCCAGUUAUGACUAUAAUAUUCUUAAUAUUUCAAUACUUUUUAAAUGAGAAAUUAAGGCUUCACGGCGCAGGGGUUGUUUACGGUCAGACGCCCAACUUCUGUGUUUUUUAGUAAUACUGGGCAUCCAGACCUUUAAAACUGCGAUAAUAAUAAGUGAUGAUGAGGAUGAUAAUAAACCAUUAUUGGAUGAGGUUUUUGUGAUAUCCGGAAAAAUCAAAGUCGACUGGUAAGUGUUAUCAGCCGAGCGGAAGGCCGGGGCUGAUAACACUUACCGAGACCUUGAUUAUUCAGGAUAUCACAAAAACCGAGUCUAAACAUUGUUUAUGAUACAUUGUUUUGAAGAAAAUAACGAGAAACAAACGGUCGCAAGGAUUGAACCUGUAUUGAUAUUGCUAUUGAAAAUCAAUCGAUCAUUGCGCUCGCAGCUAGCAUACAGAUUAGUUAGUUAUCUGCUAGCAGAUAACUAACUAAUCUGUAGGUUACGCUGAUUUCCAAAAUAGCUGUAGGCUCUUAGUCAAUGAGAAGACAGCUAAAGAUCAGGAGUGCAAUGUAUAAUAACAAAAUUAAUUUCUACUAAAAACUAAACGCACCAAAACUGUUUACAAAAUCAUCAAAAUAGUCAACAGAACUAUUUACUUGAGAUCUCGACUUUGUAAUGUCUUUUUAAAGGACUCAAUGCUUUGUCUUUUGUUUGACUAUCCACAGAGGUCCAAAAAGUAAGUUAGAAGCGAUUCUGAAGGUUCAAACUCAAACAUUCCUUGCUCAUAAACAUCAAUAAAACCUUCAAACAACGCCUGAAUCACAUACAAAUUGUUAUUUAAUAAAUUCAACUAGUUAUUAUAUAGUACUUCGCCUUUUGAAUCAGGAUGAAUGGUCAGGAGCACUAGCACUGAGUGUGAGUAAGGUGUCUCACCCGGCUUUAUAAACUUUUAAUUAUUAUUAUUAUUUAUUCUUUCAGACGUAGACGAAUGUACAGCAGGUACCCAUGAUUGCCAUGCGUCAGCCACUUGCACGAAUACCGUAGGUUCUUUUACUUGUUCCUGUAAACCUGGUUACACAGGAGAUGGCAAAACCUGUUGCAACGGUAAACUGUCUUAACCUGCUAGGAACUAAAUCUAUCUGGAUUGCUUUUUAAUUUCUUGUAAAUCUAAUUUUGUCCUCCUCAUAAAACUAUUGGCUAGUAAAUACAUCUCGAUGAUCAAUGCUUAUGAAAGGGUGAAGAAAUGAAUAUGUAAUUGGGAGACACAUUGAUUCCACAGCUGCCAUACCUCACAAUAACAUAUCAUGAUGCCUUCAAAAUCAACAGUACUGUAGUACGCGAAAGGCCAUACUACCAAAUUGUUCAUUUAUCUUUGCCUGAAUGCAGCGAAUCGUAAUUAAACAACAGAUAAAUGGUUUCUUGAAUUCCCGAGCACAGGUGCAUUUGUCGGCAGUGUGUUUUACGUGCCGGCAUGAGAUUAUGCGAAGAAAGUGUGAUAUGUAAAGAAGCAAGUGAAUAUUCGCUGGACAGUAAACAAGCUUCAUUGUGGAUUUUUUACAGGCGGACAGUAAAAUUUUGUUCUUUUUUAUUUUUUGAUUGAAAUCCUGUAAUCGAUCCAUUUCCUCGUGACGAUUUUAGUUGUGUUUUCCUGAUGAUUGACAGUUAUUUUAAGUGGUUUUGUUUAUUCAUUUGCUUUGGCCGGAUCAAAAGUAUACAGUUUGUUUGAUUUUUUAGCUAUUUUUUUGUGUCUAAGCAGUGAAAACAGUUGUUUUUGUUUUGCGAUUAGUUGGUUAGUUCAAUAAAUGGGCUAAGAAUUGUCUGCUUAUCCCGCACCGCAUUCUGGUUGACAGUUUUUUGGGUGCUGGGAAUUCAAUUCAAUCCAAAUUAUUCACUGCGCAACCAUAAGAUCCAAGGACGGCGAUGCCUAUUUCCCUUUUUUAAACGAUCGUCGCCAUUUUUAACGGGCGAUACCACCAUUGAUAACCAGUCCUUUAACCAUAAUAGAUAAUAAGAGAUGUAACAGAUGUAAAGCGAAAGCUGGACGAAAUGACUGGAGGGAGAUUACACCAUAUGGAAGAACAAGAUGGACGGACCGAAUGUGCAUUGAUUUAAUCAACAGUAGAAAUGAAGCUAAACUUUAACAAGACGCCUAAAGUCGUUUCCGUGGGAUGCGUUGGUCUAUGGAAGCAUAAUGGCGUUCUAUCUAGGUUAAUGGAACAAAACAAAACAAAACACCCGCUUGCUUUAUCCAGGGUCGAACCCAGGGUUACAAAGUUCGAUAAAGUUCCAAUGUUUUAAUCCAAGAUGAAAGUUUAAUAUUCCAAGAUGCUCUUGGGUCCUCUUGAUACGGUUAAAAAUUAAUUGCAAUGUGUUUCCAAGGUCUCAAAGUUAGCAUAGUUCCAAUGAUUAUCCCUGAUUCCAAGGUAUAAUAAGUUUACUCAUAUCCUGAUCCGUGUCCCAUCCAGUCCAAUCGAUGCCGAAAGCGAGUCGUCGAUCGAGGAGGACAAUAUUUUCGCGAUUUCAACGCCAAUCGUCAAGGGUGCGAGUUGAAAUUUACGCGAUUUAACCUCUCAUCGUCAAGGUGUUUUAGAUAAGAAAAGAAAAAAACUGAACUCUAGCUGUGCUCGGCAAAAACUGGCGAACUCCGAAUAGAAAAAUCUAUUGGAACUCACGGCCCGCAACCAGACGCUACUAGAACCUUAUGAAAAAGCUAGACCUAAACAAAAAAGAAUCAUGAAGGAAAGAAAUAAUUUGGCUUAGGUCGCCUUUCGUGACUUGCCAGUAUCCCGAAGGAUUUCGCUGGUUAACAAGCCAUCCUAAACCACGAGUGGGAAAACUCAAGCGCGAUAAAUUUGGCAAGAAAAGUUCUGAUUUCAACGUUCUUUAGAGGAAGCAAAUCGAUUAAAAAUCGAUACAGAUUUUGUACAAUCUGAUUGGCCGGCUUCGAAGAAGAGAUAAUCGAUAAAGGUUUUAAGCAAUCCUAUUGGCUGGCUUUGCAAUUUUGGGUACAACCGAACCGGAUUUUUACCGUGGAGUGCCACAGGCAUCCCACGGAACAAGAUUCUCGGACGACUGCCCAGUUGAGGAAAAUGGUCGAAAAAUUGGUAUCAUGGAUUUAUGGAGUUAACGUUGAUUACACAGAAAUGAUGGAAUGAAAAAGGCUAUGGAGAUCGUGGAAGAUCACUCGGCAGCACAAAAUUUUAAGAAAUAAAUUUGCUUAUUUGGAGAGAACCUGCAUGAAUACAUGAUGAACUACUAUACAGGAACAAAUUUAAGGGAAAACAAUUAACCAGCCAUAGAUAAUAACAACCGAUAAGAGCAGGAUGAUUUGUCAUAAUGAAAAUACCUUUGACAGCAACGACGAAGGAGCGAAUGAUUUAGCACCGGGCACGUAAAUAAGAUAGUACGAGUCGCUAAGGAAAUCUGUUCAUAAUUGUUGGCUUCCACACUAGAACUAAGCAACUGUUAAGGUUAAUUCCGUAGAAGUUUUAAGUCAAAGCACUUGAUCCAAGUUUACUUGAAAAUCCUAAGUCGCUCUGUAGAAGAAAUCACUUCACACUUGUUGACAAAGUGUAUUACUUGAGGUAUAUUUAAGCUAUCAAUUAUAUCAGUCAAUGCAUAGUAAAAUUUUGCUUCCAGGCGAAAAACUUUGAGCUUGGCAACACUUAGCGUAAUCUUUUUCCAUACAAGAUUGAAGUAAAGUAUUGAGCUGGUAAUCGAGAUAGAUAGAGUGAACCAAUAAGAAUGCCAGAAAUGUACUAUCUGAAGUAGUUGUUGAAAAUUUAAUAAUAAUGCCUAACACUUCUGACAUUAUGCUUUGUCAACAAUGUACAAAAAAUAAACAUUAUUUAUUCUUGAUGUUUACGUUUUUUGCGGAGUCUGCAGGAUCAAAACGCAUUCUUUUUAAACUGAAGUUAUUUGCCCAAAAUGUAGGCUUAUUAAAGAGAAUAUUUUUUCACUAUCUCGUUUGAUAAACAACGCAGAAAUCUGUUACAAAAAAAUAUAAUAUUUGCGCAACAAAAAAAAGUCUUUCUUUGCAAAUACAUAUUUUAUUUGUGAUGUAAUGUUGUACAAAAAGAGGGAGUUUCUUCACCGUGACGUUAUAUCUAGAUUCCACUGUACUUCUCAGAAUUCACCCAGCAUCUCGAUCAGGGGCUAGCAAAAUAAAGGAAGUUAGCAAAAGCGUCUCCGCUGAGACGAAGGACGUCUUGUAUAUAAACUCCUUCCAAAGACAGCAAGAGGUGUUCUUUUUCUCUUUUUAGAUCUGAUUGGUCCUAAUAAAUUCUAGAAAAAAAACUGACCUACAGGUUGGAAACUAUAAUUAGAAAGGUACCUUUCAUGUUAAGUUAUCUUUCACAUUUUAGUACCCUGGUACUCCUUAAUAGGCCAUUUACGGUCCCCCAAGCCCCUGAUUAAAAGAGAGGCACUUGAGAAGCCAUGCAAAUACAACUCUUUUCAUGAGAACGAUUUCGUUUUGAAAGUGAGAGUCUUUGGAAUUCGAAAAUAAUAUUUGUAACUUUCAUUACUUCCAGCUAUAGAAAAAGAAAAUUAAAAAUUUAUUCCCCUAACAGAUUUUACAAGAGAUGGUUCUUUUUUAUCCCCACAGCAUUAAAACCCUGUGAGUGCUGGCGCAACGGGCCCGGAAGUCAUGGCAGUGGCUGGGGAUACUCUUCUGAACCCAGUGGCAGUGACCGUGUUGACGCAAUCGAUUUCCAGACAAAUGGUGACGUCAUUUUGUCAGGGUACCGUCUGUGGGGAGUUAACAGCGGUUCAACUAGUUUCCAGGUCACCAUUCGCUUGUACCGUGGCAGCAGCGUAAUCGCAGAGGAGACUGGGUCCCAUGCUACCAGUUCCAGUGUCAAGACAUUUGAGGUGCAUUUUUCCCAAGUGAUUUCGAUUUGCGCUAAUGUCACAUACACCGCAACAGCCAGAAUAGUUACAAGUAGACGCUCCUUUUAUCUCACGAACGGCUUGGCAAGUACCUUGUGUUCUGGUGUCACAGUAAUCUUCGAGUCGAAAUCCUCAAAAGAUUCAAAUGGUUCUAGCCAGCCGGGAGGUCAAAUACCAGUUUUAAUUUUCCGUUCCUCUCAAUGCUAA